CCGUUCAGCAUAGGUUACCAUGGUGAUUUGCCCAGGUAGGAUGGAAACCCCGGAGGUCAACCUGAAGUGACCUCGACAACCGCAAGUCCUGCCUCGUAGUGCAGGGCUCUGCGUAACCAGGUUUCUCGUCGUGAUUUCCCUGUCCCAGAUGAGCUCUGAGGUGUCAGUGUCACGGCCGCACUGUGACAGCAGGGCCGUGGCUCUGGGUUUCCCCGACAGGGAUCUCCCCGUGGAGCCCGAGCCCCCGCAGCCGUCCUCGGGCUCGGCCGCCGCCGGGUACCGCUCGGCAAAGUGCGACCCGGCCGCGUGGUUCUCCAACUACCACGGCAUCCUCGACCAGGCCGGCGCCGACUGCCGCGAGGCGCAGAGCUUCCAGCGAGUGUCCAAGCGGCUGUACCAGGACACCGAGGCGGCGGCCCUGAAGGCGCAGGCCGAGGUGACGUGCCUCCUGGGGGAACGGCUGCAGGACAUCCACGGCUGGAAGUCGGAGCUGCAGCGGCACGUCGAGCGGCUGCAGGCCGACACGGGCGCGCUGCUGGCGCUCAAGACGCGGCUGGAGAGGGCGCUGGACGCCACCGAGACUCCGUACGCGAUCGCCACGGACAAUCUGAACUGCAGGGCGAGAAGACUGGGACCGGACCUGGUCAGGGACUCUGUGGAGGAAGAGCUGUUGAAGGAAGUGGACUUGAUCAGGAGCGUCCAGGCUCUCCUGAAGAGAACUACAGCUCAGGUCGUCGCUCAGAUCAGGAUGAACAGAGAGGCGAAGCAGACAUUAGAGUUCGACUGGUCAGAUAAAUACCAGGCCUACAACUUCGACGACCAGUGUGGAAAAUACAAUAACAUGAGUCCAGACACGCAGCACCACCCGAGCUCAGCCAUCAUGCAGGACCAUGUGUCCAACCCUGCGUCGUGGACAAAGUUCACCCAGGACAACCUGAGCAAAGCUUUGCAGGAGGAACACGCCACCAGCAGCCUCAGAAUGCUGGUGGAGCAGCUGUUGCUGGACACCACCGAGGAUCUGAGAGUCCAGUGCUCCGGUGUGGACCGAGCCUUCAGCCAGCGCUGCGUGGAGCUGAUCGAGGCCAAGACCCAGCUGGAGAUGAAGCUCGCAGAGGUCCUGGGGCAGAUCGGGGCCCAGGAGAGAAACAUCGUGGCCCUACAGCAGGCCAUCCACAAUAAAGAGGCUCCAAUGAGAGUAGCUCAGUCCAGACUUUACCUUCGCUCCCUCAGACCAAACAUGGAGCUCUGCAGGGACGCACCCCAGCUCAGUCUGGAGGGCGAGGUGAGGCAGAUUGACGCCACUCUGGCGUCUCUGCACCAGCAGCUGAGCGAGGCCCGCGGCUCCCUGUCCCACCUGGAGGAGUCGCGCAUGGCCCUCGAGAAGGACAUCAACUGCAAAGCCCACUCCCUGUUCACCGAGAGGGACAAGUGCAUGACCCACCGCAAACGAUACCCAACAGUCUCCACCCUGUCAGGAUACUGAAGACAGGCGAUGAGCCCCCUAGUGUUACCUUGAAAAGCUUGAAUGACUUCUUUCUCUUUGUUGUGCUGUGUUGUUAGCCUCAAUAAAACACUCAUUGAUCAAGACAAGAAUAAACAGGACCCGUUACUAACGGUGUAUUUGAGGAUUAUCACGUGUGCAAAUUAAGGAACCGGGUCAUCUAAUCCCAUCUUCCAGCAAAGCCUAAUAAUUGUGAUAUUGUUUGUCAAUUGGUUUGUCAAAAUUAAUUAAUAAAACGUUUCUCAUCACUUCAA